CUUCUCCGAGCCGUUGCUUUGCUCUAUCUCUUUUCCAUUUUACUACUUUCUCCGUUCACUGUAAAACCAUCUCUCUCAAUUCUCUCCGACAACGUUGCUCUAAUGCUUCUCCACUGCAACGUUAGCUACUACACCUCAACGUUUUCCUUCAUCUCCUCAUCUCUCCGCCGUCAAGACAACGCCGACGAUUCACAAGAUACAGUAAUCCGUCGCCGCCACAAUGCUAGAUCCAUUUCUCUAUACAUCCGCCAUAAUCGAGACCUAAAGCUCAACAAAAACCCUAACGAAUCUCAAGAAACCUUUGUUCCUCCUCCUCCUCCUCCGCGGCGAGAUUUAGACGGUGAAAACCGAUCCAAGCUACUUGAGCUCUCUCUUGUAACUAGAAGAACUCCACAAUUUCCUGGUUCAAUCUACGCUCAAUCUGCUUCUGAUGCUGAUAUUGCUUCUUCUCUUCCUUCGCUUCGUAAUUUUCUCGGCUCUGAUGGUGAUGAUGAUGGAGAGAGUGAGAGGGAGAUGAUAGUUAAAGCGCUUGAGAUUAGAAGGAAAGUGACGAAAGAGAUUAUCAAAGAGUCUUUGGUUAGGAAAGGUAGAUUUGGGAUUACGUAUGCGACUAAUGUCACUGAUCGUUUGGGUGAUUUCGUUGAUCAUGUUAUGAUUCAAGCUGCGGCGUUGAAACGGUUGCCGGAAUUUUCAGAGUCUAGAUUCAAUCUUCGCGCUAGGACGGUUAUUGAAGACUCCAAUUUCGUUCCUCUUGUAAGGUGGUUGAAGCACCAUGAGUUGUCAUAUAAUAGAAUAGCGAAGAUCAUAUGCAUGUCAAAAGGAAAUCUCGACUCCAUAAGGAUCAUGAUCGAGUGGCUGAAGAGCAUUCAUGUGAAGGGUGAAUUCAUUGCAGUUGCGUUCUUGAGAUCUGGGGAUAAUAUAUUGCAACGUAACCGUGAGGAACUAAACGAAAUUGUUGAGUAUCUAGAGAGCAAUGGUGUGAGGAGGGAUUGGAUGGGUUAUGUGGUUGGAAGAUGUCCUGAGUUGCUGUCUUUCAGCAUGGAAGAAGUGAAAAGCCGUGUUGAUUUCUUCUUGAAAAUGGGUAUGAAUCAGAAUGACUUUGGCACUAUGGUCUAUGAUUAUCCAAAGAUAAUUGGCUUCUUCUCAUUCCAAGUGAUGGAGAAAAAGAUCAAUUACCUGAAAGAGUUUGGCCUUAGCACAGAAGAAGUUGGGAGACUAUUAGCCUACAAGCCACACCUAAUGGGAUGCAGUAUUGAAGAAAGAUGGAAGCCUCUAGUCAAAUAUUUCUACUACCUUGGAAUCCCCAAAGAAGGAAUGAAAAGAAUCCUUGUCGUGAAACCAAUUCUUUACUGCAUUGAUUUGGAGAAGACGAUCGCCCCAAAGGUAAGAUUUUUGCAGGAGAUGGGUAUCCCUAAUGAAGCCAUUGGAAACAUGUUAGUAAAGUUUCCUUCUUUACUUACAAAUAGCCUCUACAAGAAAAUCCGACCUGUGGUGAUUUUUCUCUUAACCAGAGCCGGAGUAACCCAAAAGGAUAUCGGUAAAGUUAUAGCAAUGGAUCCAGCUCUCCUUGGAUGCAGCAUAGGGACGAAGCUAGAACCCAACAUGAGAUACUAUAUAUCAUUGGGAAUUCGAUUUUAUCAACUAGGCGAAAUGAUUGCUGAUUUCCCGAUGCUGCUUCGGUAUAACGUUGAUAAUCUGCGCCCAAAAUACCGUUACUUGCGAAGAACAAUGAUCCGUCCGCUUCAAGAUCUCAUAGAGUUUCCCAGGUACCAGAAAAAGAAUUGAUAAAAAUAAUCCCUUCAAAGUGUAGCUUUUGAGAACCAUGGCACUUGUAACAGAUUUUUUAGCUACUCACUAGAGCGUCGGAUAAUCCCAAGGCACACCAUUAUGGUUGAGAACAGAGUUAACUUCAAGCUCAGAUACAUGUUGGCUUGUACGGAUGAAGAGUUUGAGAGGAGAGUGAGAGAUAAAGUGGAGAGAAGAGAGAGAUUCGAAGCUGGCCUCGACUCUGAGGAUUCUCAACCGUCGGAUGAGAACAUCUCCGAUCAGGAGAUUGCUUUCUCAGACGAAGCGGAAGAAGAAGAGGAUUUGACAGAAUGAAGAGGAUUUAGCAUAAUGAAUAGUUCUGUACAGUUUAACACAAUUAUAAACGAACGAAUGUGUGAAUGAGUCUAUAUUUAUAAAUACUAAAAUGAGAAUACUUGUUCUUUCAUGUCCUAAGAAUUCGAAAAAGCACU